AUGGUUACCCAUCUGAAGCAAACAUGAAUAGGUCAUUUAGAAAAGAGCUAUAACGCAACCACCCAACUCUACCUGCGUUCCUCUCAACGCUGAUCGCAGUAGUGAUGUCUUCGCCUACCAUAAGUCCGAAAAUCAAACUAAAAACAUGCGGAAAGAUACUAGACUCGCCCCGGACAAUUCGGGAGGAACGGCGCCUUAGCGCCAGCGAAGAUGCAGACGAUUUCCUGAGCGAUGAUGACGCGGUGUUUACUGAAAAUGCGCAAAGCGGGGAUGAGCAGCAGGAGCCAGAACUAAAUCAGCCUCGAUAUGGCGUCCUGUUUGACAUCGACGGUGUCAUCGCGCGUGGUUCCAAGCCUCUCCAAGCAGCUAAAGACAUGAUGCCAUACCUCCUGAACCCUGACAACAGCCCGAGGGUGCCCAUCGCCUUUUGCACGAACGGCUGCAACAAAGACGAGGACAAGGCCAAGGCGCUGUCCGAAUGGUUGGGGGUCGAGAUCACCAGGGACCAGGUCAUCCACGCUCAGACUCCUCUACGAGUGUUCAAGUCUUACCAUGACAAAUACACGCUGGUCCUUGGACAGGGCCCUAUCAGGGAAAUAGCCUCAGAUCUUGGCUUCACCAACAUAUGUACCAUUGAUGACAUCAUCAGGGGGUUCCCAUUAUUGGACAUGGUCGAUCAUGCCAACAGGAAGAAAGUGGCGAAUGGAUACCAGGCGAACGAAGACGUAAAGCGAGUUGAAGCUAUCGUGAUGUUCGGCGAGCCAAACAAAUGGGAGUCUCAUCUACAACUGUUAAUCGACUUGCUGGUGACAGAUGGCUACCCCACCAUGGCACCAGAGGGCUUCCCCGAGAAGCAUCUACCAAUCCUCGCCUGUAACAUGGACCUUGUCUUCAUGGCCGAGGCCUGCAUGCCGCGGUUCGGAAACGGGUCCUUUUUGGUGUGUUUAGAAAGUCUUUAUAAGAAAAUUACGGGUUACGAUCUGCAGUACACGGCACUGGUGGGCAAACCGAGCGAGAUCACUUAUCGGUAUGCGGAACAUGUCAUCACUAUGCAAGCCAAGAAGAUGGGUUUCAAGGAGCCUAUCAUGAAACUCUAUUUUAUUGGAGACAACGCCGAAGUUGAUAUCGUUGGUGCCAAUCUCUACGACCAGUACAUGCAGCGACAGCGGCGGCGUAGCUUCCAAAUGUUCGAGGAAAUGGGAGGGAUGAUUGACAUCACGAGAUUACGUAACGAGAUCGCCAUUUCAAAAUGUCGCGCAGUUCCCUCAGAGGCUAUAUUCAGUACGCAGACGGUGCGCAAGAUUGACGGGAUUCUUGUUGGGACGGGGGUGUUCGACCCAGAGAAGGAAGAGAAACUCUCGGAGAAGCAGAGGUCGACUUACCGUGGCCACAGGGACUUUGAUACGAAUGCUUACAGUGAGUUGAGGAAACCCACCAUAUAUGUUGACGAUGUUUGCGAGGCCCUCAAAUACAUUAUCGGCCAGGAGAGGAUGUUUGGUUCUGAAAAUAUCAAACCACAGCGAGACUCUUUAGACUCGGAAUCAUAAUUUUCAUAAUUUUAUUGUCCCUAAGUCCUAUAUACAUGUAUAUAGCUUUAGGAAAUGCUUGUUGGCAACGUCAUUCACAAGACUUAAUAUAAUAUAUAAUACUGGGUGACACAAAAACGAUUUUAUACUUCUGAUUAUGAGUAACUCCCGCCAUAAUAUCAUCAAAAAUUUACCGAAUUCCGGCCACAUGAAGCCAAAGAUUACGAGCGAUCUUUAGCACCCAAGUUUGAUCUAUUACCCGGUAUAAACGUAUUGCGCAAUACCACGGUAACCAUUUACGAUCAUAUUUCUAAGUUUAAUUGGACGUUAUUGGUUAUCUGUCAAGCUCGAAUCAAAAGUAUUGAUUUUUUUGUGUCACCUUGUAGGAUUUGUCUUGAAUAAAAGACGCACCGAAAUUGUGAUGUCCGGACCAAGGUCUUUCAAAAGGGUGUAUAUAUUCUGGUCAGAUCGCUUUGUACAGAAACGAGAUGUUUGCAUCUUUGUAUGUUCUAAGGGGGAUUAUUGUUAUUAUUUGUAUCACAAUGAUGGUGCUUCAGAUAAACUGCAUAGCCUACAUGAAGCAGUAGCCCAACCGUUGUUGGCCUGUAGGCCUAAUCUUACAUCCACAUUAAUGCAUUUCACUGUACAAAUUAAAUUAUUAAACUGCUAGAUGAUGUACAUAUGUUUUCAUGUAAAAGCAGAUUAUCAUAAACCUAAUAUCUAAAAUA